AUGGGCAAGCUAGGUACAUCGGUGCUCCCAGCUCUGUUGGACUGCAUUGCCGACAUUGCCAAAGCGUUGCGCAAGUCCUCCCGAAUUACCCUCGCCGGAACGUCCAACGUGUUUGGCGAUGGCCAGCUGAACGUGGACAUUGCUGCUGAGGAUCUCGUCCGCACGGCCCUGGCUCGAUGCCCUAGCGUCGUAACUGCGAGCAGCGAGGAAGAUCCGAUAGAGAAGCCGACAGGCGUGGCUGUGGACGCAAAUGCCUCUGAACAGUACACGGUAGCCUUCGACCCUCUUGACGGUAGUUCCAUCAUUGCGCCAAACUGGACCGUUGGCACGAUUAUCGGCAUCUGGGACGGGGCCUCGGCGCUGCGCCAGCGGCCGGCAGACAAGCAGAUCGCCGCCAUCCUGGGCGUCUAUGGUCCACGUACGACGGCUAUCGUGGCUCUGCGCGUGCCGGGUGCCGAGCCGGUCUGCUUCGAGGUCGGCCUCGAGGAUGGUAUUUCUGGUGGCUACGAGACUGUCCGAGAAUGUGUGCGCUACGCCGACGCUCCAUUCAAGACGCGCUACUUUGCACCGGCCAACCUCCGGGCGGCCGCGGACAACGACGCGUAUCAGCGGCUGAUUACGCAGUACAUCCAGAACAGAUACACGCUGCGAUACAGCGGCGGCCUCGUUCCGGACAUCGUGCACGCGCUGGUCAAGGGCCACGGCGUCUACAUAUCGCCGGUGACGGCCACCAGCGCGGCCAAGCUGCGAAGGCUGUACGAGCUGUGUCCUGUGGCGCUUGUGGUGGAGUGCGCUGGAGGACGGGCACUUGACCCACUGGAUGGCGAGCCCAUUCUUAGCCGGCCGUCGGUGAGCUGUGAUGAAAGGGCGGGUUUGAAGAAGGACGGAUACGAAGACAUCCCGCUAAGGUCGCCCCUGCCAUACGUGGACGGCCGGACAAGUCCAGAAGCCAACGCAGCCGAAGCCGAUCCUGAGGCCGCCGUGCGCGCCAUUAGCCAUGCCAUCCGUACUGCUGCCACAGCCAGUGCCACAGCCAGUGCCACGGUUGUAGCCACGGACGAGUAUGCGGAUGGUGUGAGAUGCUAUUCCGAAGAAGACAAAGCCGCAGCCAAAGCGAUGGGGGAUGUCCUUGUCAGCAUGAUCACAAUUACGGGGAAACUAUGUCUGGGGCGCAAAGAUGCGGCGAAAGUGACGGAGGUGUGGCGCAGGCUCUUCUACGACAUUGGGACGCCCAUGGCAACGAGGCUGGCGGCGGGUGAACAAGCGAUAGCUAUCAAGACGCUUUACUGGGCCGAGCUGGGGACGAAGUACGAGCCAUACAGAAAAGACCUAUCGACGAAGCAGAAGAGGGCCAUUCCAGCAGAGAAGGAGGCGGAGAUGAUGCGAGAGUUCUACGAGGUUAUCGCGGCUGUGCCGGCAGCAUCAGCACCAGCGGUGAUGGCGGCGAUGAACAAGAGCCUUGCCACGGUAGCCCAGGCACUUGCCACGACUGUGCAAGUUGGCAGGUCGUCGGUGGCCACAGCGUAUACGAUCUAUGCACGGAAAGUAGCUGGGGACGGGCUUGAUACUCUGUAG